UCAAUAUCUCGGUGCAUUUCAUCACUCAUCUCAAUCGAGAAACCCAUCGCUCAAUCAAUCUUCCGAACCCCGCAUCAACCUUCCGAUAUCCCCCAUCGGGACCCGAAACUCUUGGCUUCCCUGUCUGUUAUCAAGCGCUACUCGGUUAUAGCUCCCAGCGUCGUUCUCUCCGCGUUACCGACAUCUCCUCCUCACCCUCCGCAACGAAGCACCCCGUCUUCCUUGGUCAGGACCCCCUAAACGCAUCAGAUCCGCCAGCAUGUCCGUCGCCGUCGUCGAGACUCAGCCUCCCAAGCUGGAGAAGAAGCCCGUCAAGUUCAGCAACCUGCUCCUCGGAGCAGGGCUGAAUCUUUUCGAGGUGACAACUCUCGGCCAGCCAUUGGAGGUCACCAAGACCACCAUGGCCGCCAACCGCGGUGACAGCUUCGCCGGCGCCCUGGGCCGCAUCUGGGGCCGUGGCGGUGUCUUUGGCUUCUACCAAGGUCUCAUUCCCUGGGCCUGGAUCGAAGCCUCCACCAAAGGCGCAGUCCUCCUCUUCGUCGCCUCCGAAGCCGAAUACUACGCCCGCACCUUCGGCGCCGGCGACUUCACCGCCGGCAUCAGCGGCGGUGUCGCCGGUGGCGUCGCGCAGGCCUACGCCACCAUGGGCUUCUGCACCUGCAUGAAGACCGUUGAGAUCACCAAGACCAAGCUCGCCGCCACGGGCGUCGCUCCCCAGUCGACUUUUGCCACCUUCGCGGAUAUCUACCGCAAGGAGGGUAUCAAGGGUAUCAACAAGGGCGUGAACGCUGUCGCGAUCCGUCAGAUGACGAACUGGGGGUCCCGCUUCGGACUCUCGCGUCUUGCCGAGUCCGGGAUCCGCAAGGCGACUGGGAAGGAGGAGGGCGCUGCUCUGGGAGCGUGGGAGAAGAUCCUUGCUAGUGGGCUGGGUGGAGGGUUGUCGGCGUGGAAUCAGCCGAUUGAGGUUAUUCGCGUGGAGAUGCAGAGUAAGACUGCGGAUCCGAAUAGGCCGAAGAACUUGACGGUGGGGAAGACGUUCAGUUAUAUUUACUCGCAGAAUGGGAUUAAGGGGCUUUAUCGCGGGGUGGUGCCUAGGAUUGGGUUGGGCGUUUGGCAGACGAUUUGUAUGGUUGCUAUGGGUGAUAUGGCCAAGAGCUACGUCGAGAAACUCACCGGCGACUCGGUCACAGCGAAGCAUUAGACGGCGUUUUUUGGGGGAUACCAAACAUAUCCAUCAUGGGAGGCAUUACCAUCGCAAGAUGAAUUGUGUCACGAAUAGGUUCUAGCGCGCGCAAAAGAAAUAGACGGAACGGAACGGGAUUGACUUCAGUUGUUUUUUCUUCCUUUUAUUAUAAGUUGUAGUUACACAGAUGGGCGUGUUAAUCGAUAUGAGAUGUUGUGCCCUAUACCUUUUUUUCUUCUGUGCGAGGUGGUGGUAUGUUGCUGUGCUGUGAUAUUUAUUUCUUCUGAUAUAGUCAAUUUCCU